CAGGUGGAGGAUGGUGCUAACUCGGAGUGCAGCUGGGAGGCAGGUCCUUCCUGCUCUCGUGCUGCUGCUGCCGCUGCUCUCUUCAGGGUCAGCCUCCUCCAUAGUAAACAUGCGUAGGAUCACUCAUCCCACAGUCCAACAGACGCUUGCAGGCGACGCUGUCCUCCCCUGUGUCUUCACCCUGCAGACCAGCUCCUUCGUCCAGCCUCCACACCUCCUGUGGACUCACAGCAGACCACCAGCAGGAGGCCAGCGGGCCCCCGUGGAGCAGAUCGUACUUUCUGCUAAAGGUGAUGUAAUCAAGGUGAAUAAGGCUUUCGGCGGCCGCGUCUCGCUGCCAGGAUACUCUGCCAACCCUCUGAAUGCCACCAUGGAGAUCUCCGGUCUCCGCACCGACGACUCAGGCACUUACCACUGUCAGGUGGUCAUGGGCAACCACUACGAGCGAGACACCGUGCCCCUGGUGGUCUCCGGGGUGGUGUUUCACCUGCAGGCCCCCAACGCUCAUUAUGCCCUCUCAUUCGACGAGGCCCAGCGGGCCUGCGUGGAGAACUCGGCUCAGAUUGCGACGCCGGCUCAGAUGUGGGCGGCCUACCAUGACGGGUUUUCCAGCUGCUCGGCCGGAUGGUUAUACGAUCAGACCGUCCGGGGAGGUUUUUCACUCCUCAGUCCCAGGCAGACUGUCGCUGUCUUCGGCCUCGGACCGCUGUGUGUCCCUCGGGGGCCAGCUGGCCACCGUGGGACAGCUUUAUCUGGCGUGGAGGGCGGGCCUGGACAGCUGCGCCCCGGGAUGGCUGUCGGACGGCAGCAUCCGCUACCCAGUGGCUUGGCCUCGUCCCGAAUGUGGAGGCAGCCAGCCGGGAGUCCGCACCGUCACGCCCAACACCACUGCUGACAACACCACAGCUUUAUAUGACGCAUACUGCUACAGAGGUAAAGUGACGGAAACAGGCUCUGAGAUUUACACCUCCCAGUGGAAGCCCUGGAGCUAUCUCACAGGCUCGAGUGAUGCUGAGUCAGCAACGACCAACAGCUCCAAUCUGACUGCACAGCAAACCACCACGCUGACAGCGUCCUCAGACGGCAGCGACGUGUCACCUUCCAACUGGACGGGAAUGGUUGACCUCGGAGAAGAGGCUCCGCCUGACGGCCUCUCCACAGACCCCUGGUCCUCAGAGUCCUUCAUUACCCUCCAGCUGAUCCCAGGACAGAGCUCCUUUGACUGGGGGGAACUGCAGGAGCCUGGGCCUGACUCAGAGGAGUUUCUCCGACCUCCAGUUCACCCAACUCCUGCUGACAAAAAGGUGAUCUCAAAGAUUGUUAAGUCCAUCUGGAAGCCGUGGAACUACCUGGUGGGGACUGGAGAUGAGGAGGAAACCAAAGAAUCAAGUGAACAUGAGGAGGGAAAGGAGACGGCAACAAAAGAGGCCGAAGAGUCAAAUCCCUCCAGCCCUGCUUCACCAAGUCUGUUUUCCUGGGGGAGCUCGUGGUUCGUCAGCCAGCCCGUGGAGAAAACUACAGCAAUGAGUGAAGAUUCACCCACUCAUCUGGCAUCGGCUCUAGCUUCGUCCUCGGGCUCUCCGACAACAGAGAGCGCCAAGAUCUCAGCGAGCGCCAAGAUCUCUGAGAACUCCAAGGCUCAUACAUCCACUCCCCCCAGCCCUUCACCUGAUAUCACCUCCUCUGGUAAGGAAGCUUGGAUUGCAGUGGAAGUGGAGACCACAACAACACAGGCUCCUGGCAAGAGAGAGGAAACAGUGACCUCCAAAGCCAGCGGCAGAGGAGGAAGAGGAAGGGGGAGGAAGAACAAAGGGGAGGACAGGAGUCGAGGAGAUGAGAGGGGGAAAGGAGAGGAAGAAGGAAGUGGAGAAAUCACCGGCGCAGAGGCAAAAGGAGAGAUUCAAGUGUCGCGUCGGCCUGUCGGGACAAGAGAGAGGUCCAGAGAAAGAAACCGAGAGAGGGGUCACAGGAAAGGACACUCCUCCAAGACCACCACCACCACCACUUUCAUCCCCAGCAGUCCUCUGGAAACCACAGCCGUGACCACAACUGAGACAGAAAGUGACUUUUCUACAGCCCAACCCCAGUCCAUUGUGUCUGGAUCAGAAACCCCAACCCUGUCCAUUUCACCAGAACCAGAACAAACUCUGUCGCCUUCUCCAUCACCAUUACCCCUGACCUCACCAUCCACCUCCCUGUCCACCUCAAUGUCUACCUCCCCGACCACCUCCCCAUCAACCUCCCCGACCACCUCCCCAUCAACUUCACCAUCCACCUCAACRUCCACCUCACCAUCAACUUCACCAUCUAGCUCCCCGUCCACCUCCCCAUCAACUUCACCAUCCACCUCAACGUCCACCUCCCCAUCAACUUCACCAUCCACCUCAAUGUCCACCUCCCCAUCCACCUCACCAUCUAGCUCCCCAUCCACCUCACCGUCCACAUCUCCUUUAGAAUCCACACAGUCAGAAUCCUUUCCUAAAUCUCACUCUCUCCAUCCAUCACCAUCCGAUCCUUCUCCUUCCUCCUCACCUCCAAACACUUCCUCAGCCCCAUCCUAUUCCCCGACCCCAUCCCCCCCCCCUUCCCUGCCCCCGUCCCCUCCCCAGCCCUCACCUCAUGCUCAGACGGUCCAGUCAGCAACGUCUCCUCACGCAGAGCUCAAUGACAGCUCCACAGCUCCUCUCACCACACUUCCAAUGGUCCCAGAGGAAGGGCUGUCCCUAAACACCUCCCUUGACGAUCCCCUGUCUCUGCCGGCACCCCAAGAUGACGAGGAGGCCGCCUGGUCCCACGUCAUGGGUUCGGGGGCCCUCUUGCCGGGCAACAUGGAGGAGGAGAGCAGAGGAGGAGGAGCCAACAUCAGCACUACAACUCAGAGUCCAACAGCCGAGGUGGAGCCCUGCGUGACGAACCCGUGUCUGCACGGCGGGAAGUGCCUUCCUCAGGGAGCGGGCUACAGCUGCUACUGUCCACAAGGAUACGCUGGAGAGAACUGUGAGAUCGACGUUGAUGACUGCCAGUCCGAGCCAUGUGAAAAUGGAGGAACUUGCGUCGACAAGAUUGAUUCCUUCCUCUGCCUUUGCCUGCCGAGCUACGGGGGGGACAUGUGUGAGAAAGAUGUUGAAGGUUGCGAGCACGGCUGGAGGAAGUUUCACGGCCACUGCUACAGGUAUUUCAGCCACAGACACACCUGGGAGGAUGCAGAGAAAGACUGCAGAGAGCACAGUGCACACCUCAGCAGUGUCCUGUCCAACACUGAGCAGGAGUUUAUUAAUGGUUUAUGAGAACUGGAGGGAGAGCCAGCCAGAUAACUUCUUCGCAGGUGGGGAGGACUGCGUGGUGACCAUCGCCCACGAGGACGGCAAGUGGAACGACGUGCCCUGCAACUACAACCUGCCCUACAUCUGCAAGAAAGGCACAGUGUUAUGUGGGACACCCCCUGCAGUGGAGAAUGCCCAUUUGAUAGGUCGGCGACGAUCACAUUAUGACAUCCACUCAGUCGUGCGUUACCAGUGUUCCGAUGGCUUCUACCAGCGCCACAUCCCCACGACACGCUGCCGUGCCGACGGCAGCUGGGAGCGGCCCCGGAUCAUCUGCACGAAAUCUCGGCGUUCCCACCGGUACAGACGCCAUCACCACAAUCAGCACCAUGAACAUCGCCGGAACCGGAGACACGGAGGAGAGGGCCGCAGAGUCAGGGAGGACGUCCACAGCUACUACUGAGCCAAAUAACCCAGUAUCUGCUCCGCCUAGGUGCUAACCAUGGCCUGUAAAGACAGACAGUAGGUCCCUCAUUUCCCCCGCCCCCCGGCUUCUCACCUCGCUCUUGGCUUUUAUUACUUUUAAGAAACAAGCUUGUCUGCUAACUAACACUCUGCUAAUUUCCACUGUCCCAUCCCUGACUUUCGUUGUUUUCUUUAACUGAAGUCCAUGUGAACACCGACYAGAAGACUUUACUUGUUCUCUCUUCAGUAGAGUAAUCUUCCUGGCUGACAAACUCUUAACACUCCCCAUCUGUUUGACUGGCAGCAGUGUGUACGUGUGUGUGUGUGUGUGUGUGUGAGUGUGUGCACGUCAGAUGGAAACUUAGAGAAGUGUCUUUUUUGUAAAAGUUUGCUUGUUCUACAUGAAAACCUCAGACAGCAGAGAUGAAAGGUCUGCCCCUGAUCCAACCCUGAGCUGUUUGUUUGUGUGCUGUAGCUGUUUACUUUUCCUGUGAAGCUCUGAAGUAGCUGAUCGUUUUACUGACAUGCUUUUUCUAAUAGUUGCUGUUUCUGUACUAUUUAUUACGAAUAAUUUGCUAGUGAAUACGCUUUUUUUUAAACUUAUUCCAGAGAGAGCUGAUGCAACAUCAUUUUCUACGCCAGUUUUGGAGUCCAAUCAGUAACAAAUCAUUCAAGUGUUUCUACUGUAAUUUCUGUUUUGUAAAUAUUGCCUACGUUGCGUGUGAUUGGCUGAUCAAUAGCUGGACUUUGUCCAAUCAAAUAGAMUCAAUCCCAUUGAGGUAGAUUAAAUCAGUGGGAUUAUAAAAUAAUCCCCUGAAAUAAAUGCUUGAUUGUAUCUGAUUUGCUAAACUCCUUCAAUCUUUGCACGUAUUCACACGAUUGGUAGAAUGUCACUUUUUAUUUUUAUUUGAUUUUGUCCCUUUGAUAUUUGAUCAGUCAUCCACUUAUUUUGGUGUUCUAUGACUUUUUUUUAGUUAAUUUUGUUUUGUUUUGUCCAGCUGUUGUAUUUCAUUCUUAAUAAAGUGAAUAAAAUGAACAACACCACUUUA